UCGGUCCGUGUUUCGUACGAGCCAAUCGGCGUCCUGGAUUCAAUAUUUGCGGAAGUUGAUAGCAGUGCACGUUUAGGCGUCAGUCUUAGAAGAACUGGCACAUCCACGUCCAGAAAACCCCCCAGAAUAAGUUGUAAAUUAUGCCUUUUGUUGUUUCGGACCGAUUUAUUUUGAGAAAUGUCACAAUUUGACUCUUUGAUUCACGUGUUGACCGCGUGGCCCAUUCAUCGACAGCAGCCGGUAACUUUCGUUACCUCCUUCGUGCUUUCCCGUUCUUCUCGUUAUAUUUGACUGGCUGGUUCUGAAGCAACCGGGUUUAGGGUUAGGGUCAGGGGGUCAGAAAUGGACCCAAACCCACCGAAGCGGCUCCGAACAGGGGCUGGAGGAGAGGAGCCGGAAGCGGAGAGGACCCCUACGGAUGUGAGCAUCAUCAUGCCCGUGUACAACGCCGGGCGCUGGCUGGACGAGUGUCUGCGGGCCAUAUCAGAGCAGGACUUUGCUGGGUCCAUGGAGCUGUUGGUGUUUGAUGAUGCCAGCACAGAUGACUCCAAGAAAGUGGUGGAGGGAUGGACGGAGAGGAUGGAGGCGAGGGGCAUUGCAGUGGUGAUUGGGGGUCACAGCUCUUCCCAACCCAGAGGAGUGGGAUACGCAAAGAAUAAGGCGGUGUCCCAGAGUUGUGGGCAGUACUUGUGCUUCCAGGACGCGGUAAGUGUGUUUCCCUCCCCUGUUCCCCCUAAAACAGACGUUGGCAUUUGCGUGUUGUGUAGCGGGGCUCCGAUAGAGCCGAGCGGCCGUGUGACAGAACGGUCAGAGGAGGCGCGGCGAGCCGAGGGCUGCGGUGGAUACACGCCGACGGUAUCCAGACGGUUUUCGUCUGUCCUCAUCGGACAGCUGGAUGACAUCAUGAUGCCCCAAAGGGUCCGUCUGCAGUACGACCAAUCCGUCCGCCACCAAAACUCCUUGAUUGGCUGCCGGCUCCGGAGGCUGCCGGAGGGAUCCACCGAGCGCUACACCCGCUGGAUCAACUCGCUGACUCGGGAUCAGCUCGUCACACAGGUGUACACCUCGCACGGGCCCACGGUCGUCAUGCCGACAUGGUUCUGCUCAAGGAAAUUGUUCCUGACGGUCGGCCCGUUUGACGAGGGAGGCAAGGGAGUCCCAGAGGAUCUGCUCUUCUUCUACCAAAGUCUUCGUCGGGGAGCGGGUGUCCUCAGGGUCAACGAGUGCCUGCUGGUUUAUCGUUACCACGAGAAGGCCGCCACUCAUUCCGUAACCGAGGAGACCAUUUGGAAGCUGCGGGUGGACUUCCUGCAGGAGAGAGUUCUGAGCGAGUGGGAGAGCUUCACCAUAUGGAACGCUGGGAAACAGGGCCGGAAGCUGUACCGAAGCCUGAGCCAGACCAAUCGACAGAAAGCAACUUUCUGUGAUGUGGAUGAGAACAAGAUCCAGAAAGCCUUCUACACAUAUGAGGAGUCCAAGGACAGGCCAAAGCCCAGAGUCCCUAUCCUGCACUACAAAGAUGCCUCGGGCCCCUUCAUCGUUUGUGUUAAACUGGUGAGAAGAAAAGAGUGUUUGUGUGUUUUCUGUGACCGCCCGUCCCUCAGGUCUGUGAUCCGACCUAACGACAUAAUGAGCGAGGGCGUGUGCCCCGUACAGGACGCAGCACACACAAACACACACACACGGGAGGCCGCCAGGAAACGCUCCCAGACGGAGGCCCGACGUUUGAUAUCAUACCACGCCGGAGCAAACAACACGUUCUGCCGCGAGCGCCGGCUCCACACGCGCCUCGGCUUUAUCGGGGACAUGACGGGAGGCGUUCUGGAGGAGAACCUCAAGUCUCUGCAGCUGAAGGAGGGAACGGAUUACUGCCAUUUCAACUGAGCGCUCGGGGCGCUGCACAGGAGCCCGGCAGGUCGAGCAGGCAGAGGAAUGCAGAGCAUUUCUUUACGUAAACAGACACAAACGGGGGCCGUUGACUGGUAAAGCCUGCAGAAGAGUGAAGCACCGUAACUCUGGAGGGGAGCGAGCGAAGUUAAGAAAAUUUUGAAGUCAUCAAAGUUUGACUCGGCAAGGCUGAUCGCCCUGAUUUUUCCACCUCCGUGCACACAGAGCUGCGGCUGUGACUAUUGGCUCUCUCGGUGGAGCGUUAAGGACUUAUUCCACAUUUUAGACGUUAUUCCUCUUUCACCUUCGUGUUGUGAAUAUGCCGUUGCGUUCAGGAAAAAUGGACUCUUCAGUCUCCAGAGCAUGAUUAUCUCAACCAUUUCAGAUAGUUUUACCAGCGAUUGCAGGUUGGAGAACUUCAACUGAAUCAUAGAGGAUGUGUUUU